AUGAAAUGUUUUUUAUGUGGUAUCACAAGAGAAAAAUUUGAAAAAAAUAAUGAAGGAGGAGGCAUGGCCUUUUAGGAACAUAUUGAAUUUGAACAUUACAUGUGGAAUUACAUUUAUUAUUAUGCUUAUUUGAAACACAAAGAUGAAAAUGACUUUAAUGGAAAUGAAUUUUAUAUAUAAUCUAAGAUAGAUCUCAAGGAUAUAAGUUGGAUGCCUAUUAAAAGGUGAUAUUUAAUUUAUAUUUUUAGAGCACGAUUUGCUGAAGAAGAAAUGAUGAUUAAUAGAAGGGUAAUUAAAUCUAGGAAGCUAUUAAAUUAAAAUAAAAGUCAUGAAUGA